CGUUACAAACCGUUAAUUGUCCGGCACGGUAAAAAAAACUUUUAUCUACGAGUCUCCUAGUUACUACGUUUAGCAAUUUUUCCCCGCUAAUGUAUUAAGUGGUCACGUGAUGUAGAUCGAUGAUUUGAAUCCGUGCCGUGAGAACAAAAGUUGAAUAUUAAUUCCUGAACCCCCAGUACUCUUACAAGUCUUGUAUUUAAAGUUCAUAGUAAAGAGGAUUGUAUUUUCUAAGCCGGUCACUCGUUCUGGUGUGAGCAUAUUGCGACCAGGGUAUAAGAGUAGGAGUGUGUAAUGCAACCUACAGCGACAUCAGGACGCAACCCAGACCAGGCGCACCAGCAACACAGAGUGUGUGAUUACCUAUGAAUGACGUGACGUAAUCGGCAUGGAUUCCAAGGAUUCAGAUGGAGGUUUACUGGACACAAAAGCAGACUCUACAGAAAAUAACAAGAAUUUACCUCAAGACUCCCUGGUAGAAAAGAGGGAGGAUCAGGAUGUCCACAAGGAGAGGGAGACGUGGGAUACUAAGAUUGACUUCCUGUUGUCAGUCAUUGGGUUUGCCGUGGACUUGGCCAACGUCUGGCGGUUUCCCUAUCUCUGCUAUAGAAACGGAGGGGGUGCUUUUCUGAUCCCUUACCUGCUGAUGCUGGGCGCAGCUGGAAUUCCACUUUUUUACAUGGAAUUGGCUUUAGGUCAAUACAACAAAACCGGUGCAAUCACUUGCUGGGGCCGUCUGUGUCCUUUAUUCAAAGGGAUCGGAUGGGCAGUGGUGUUGAUCGCUUUUUACACAGACUUUUUCUACAAUGUUGUGAUAGCUUGGUCCAUCCACUUCCUGUUCUCCUCGUUCACUAGUGAGCUUCCAUGGGCCAAGUGUGGCCAUGAAUGGAAUACGGAGUAUUGUUAUGAAGGAAAGUCAAAUACAGCGCCAUCUAGUGGAAACAAUUCAAACAUUACUUAUGAAGGAACUACUGUACUUAAUUCAAUAUCUACAUUGGUAGAGGACAUGAAUAUUACAAACAGUACUAAUGACACGGAAGGUAGAAAAAUUUCGCCAGCAGAGGAAUAUUUCAACAAUCGAUUUCUGCAACUGGACAAAAGUGGCGGGAUUUUUGACGUCGGUUCCAUUAAUUGGGAAAUUGCUCUGUGCUUGUUAGCAGUGUAUAUCAUUUGCUACUUCAGCCUUUGGAAAGGGAUUAAGAUGUCGGGAAAAGUAGUGUGGUUCACAGCUUUGUUUCCGUACGUCGUGUUGGUCAUUUUGAUGAUCCGUGGUGCGACGCUAGAGGGCGCUGGAAAGGGAGUUGAGUACUACCUGACCCCAAACUUUACCAGACUUGCCAGUUCCAACGUUUGGGUAGACGCCGCUACACAGGUGUUUUUUUCCUUGGGACCUGGAUUUGGGGUUCUGUUGGCGUUUGCCAGUUACAAUCAAAUCAACAAUAAUGUUUACAGGGAUGCCUUAAUCACCAGCAGUAUUAACUGCCUGACAAGCUUCGUGUCUGGCUUCGUCAUCUUCAUGAUACUGGGGCACAUGUCUGAGACAUCUAAUCUACCCAUAGAGAAUGUAGCAACGGAAGGUCCCGGUCUCGUUUUCGUUGUUUAUCCUGCUGCCAUAGCAACACUUCCUGCAGCACCUUUUUGGUCCAUUAUAUUUUUCUUGAUGCUUUUGACCCUGGGACUAGAUAGUUCGUUUGGAGGGUCGGAGGCUAUAAUUACCGCCAUCUCUGACGAGUUUCCGAUACUUAGAAAACACCGGGAACUGUUUGUGGGAGCCCUGUUUGCACUGUACAUGAUUGUAGGACUGGCGUUCUGCACACAGGGUGGCGCUUACGUCGUGUCAUUGAUGGACAAAUACGCUGCCGGCUAUUCCAUUCUGUUUGCAGUGUUUUUUGAGAGUUUGGUUCUUUCCUGGGCAUAUGGUGUUGAGAGAUUUUCAAGCGAUAUCAGAACAAUGCUCGGUCAUCCUGCUGGUAUAUAUUGGAAAGUUUGUUGGAAGUUCAUCGCACCUUUAUUUAUUUUAUGGAUCAUGAUUUUCGGCCUGGUCCAGUACACGCCGCAUAGAUACGACAAUUACGAAUACCCAUGGGAGGCUAACUUCAUCGGCUGGUGUGUGGCGCUGUCCUCCGUGCUAUGUAUUCCAUUGUUCGCAAUUAUAGCAUUUAUCAGAGCAAGAGGAUCACCAAUGGAGAGGUUGAGAUUCCUUUUAACUCCGACCAAUGACAAAGGAAUACAGGCAACGGAUGGGUAUCACGUGGUCCGAAUGAAUGGCGGCAUUGUCAUCGGAGAGAAGGUUUAGGGCCUGCAACGGAGGUGUACAAAAACACCGAGUAGGAAGUGCACGUUUCCCACGGAAACCGAAUGUGUACAUGUAUGUUAUAUUCUAGUCCAAGUUCUAGUCAUGAGAAAGCUAUUGCGCGUUGGUUAAAAAAAUCUUCAUCGUUUAAAAUUAUAAAGGGGACGCAGGUUCUUUCCGUUUGACGCUGUGUAAUGUGACUGGUGCAAUGAGUGGAAUAUGAUUAUAAAUUUGCUUACUUUCUUAUCCAGGCAUUUGAAUUUUAAUUCUCAUUAAGCUGGAAAGUGAAAAACUCUUCCUUUUUAACAAAAGCUCACUGAAAGUUUACCUACAAAAACUGUUUGUGUAAAGUUCGACUAGUAAACCCAUUGUGUACCCAGAGCAUCUCGAUAUCGGCAAAACCAAAAUACUAUGGUAAUGCUAUUUAAUCCAAUGUAUACCUCAAUGUUAUUGGCACAGUGUACAUAUUGUCAAGUGCCUUAAUCAAUAAUGGACGGAAAAUAAGUCAUGCACUUACUGAGUUUUAAAAGGUUUUCAUAAUAUACCUCAAAGUGUAACAUUAUUAUGUAAAGGACCAUGAAUGUUUUUUGUUACCAUAUUUUGUGUAUUGUUAGUGGAACGCUGCAAUAUUACUGGCCACGUGUACCGGAAAACGUGUUCGCCUUUUAGUCUUCAUUUCCGAAGAAACAAGUGUAAUACUCACUUCUAAAACAGUGACAAAUUUAUUCUGCAUUGACAUCUCUUGAGACAGUAUUGUAUGAUGUGUGUAGUGGCGAGCAACACUGUUCUACUCACCCGUACAUAAAGUUAACAAAUAUAUACAUGUAGUCUAUUCAUUUUGUGUUUAAAUGAAUAAUGGAUUGAACAAUAUAGGCAGUAUAAAACACUGACAAAUACUAAUUUACGAAUGCGUCUUACUUAAAUGUUGAAAAUAAAAUGAAACUUGGGGUUCCCGAAAUCCUUCAUUGCCAACACUACAAGUACUCCGUGAUUAAAGUUGGAAAUCAAAAUAAUCAUGUUCGAUAACUCAUACACUCUAAGUUGUAUCACCCUCGCUCUUCCAGCCAUAAAUAUUUCCACUAAAUAUCCCGUAUGAUAUACUCACAGUAAUUAAACUCACAUAACUCCCAGUACUACAAAAUCAUACUCUUCCAGAAUUUCGGAUAGCGCUUUCCCAGAACCAUCAUUUCAAUAUAUUCAUUAAAUAUCACUAGAACAAAGCGGACCUAUAUAGAAAUUUAUAUGUAUGAAUUACUCGCAAUGAUUACAGACAACGUAUUGUAGCGAGUCUGUAAACAUCAUUAGUAUAUUUGUAAUACUUUGGGUAACAACAGCGUUUGUUAUAUGGAAGUAUUUUGCAAUAAGAUAGAUCUGUUUGUAAUGGAUUUGUAAUGUUGUCACGUGAUGUAUGUAUAGUAUUGUUAGAUGAAAUAUAUUGUGAAUUGUGGUAAAUGAUAUUGUACACGUGUAAUCUCUCGUAUAUUGUGAAUACAAUGUAAGCAGUUUAAAUCAUGUUUUGUAUAUAAAACGAGAACAAAACGAGAAA